AUGAAGGAUAUUCUCAAACGUGUUGGCAUGGUGGACUGCAAACCAGUAGUCACGCCCGUCUCUUCGGCGAAAAUCACUUACGAAGUCGUUGUUUCCUAUGCCGAUCCUACACAGUACAGGAGUCUUGCAGGUGCUCUUCAGUAUCUUACGGUAACUCGCCCUGAUUUAUCUUAUGCUGUUAAUCUCUUGUGUCAACACAUGCAUGCGCCCACUGCUACGGACUGGGCCUCUUUGAAAAGAGUCCUGCGGUAUGUCAAGGGCACCCUGAAUCUUGGUCUGCGGAUUUCUCGGUCUACAUCUAUGGAUAUUCACGCCUAUUCUGACUCAGAUUGGGCUGGCGAUCCGAAUGAUCGCAAGUCUACUAGUGGCUUUGCUGUGCUCUUGGGCAAUAAUCUUAUAUCUUGGGUAUGUCGGAAGCAACAGACUAUGACACGUUCUUCAACUGAAGCAGAAAACAAGGGACUAGCUGAUGUAUCUGCAGAGGUUACAUGGCUUGUUUCCCUGUUAAAUGAAAUCGGCAUCCCUCCUGCGUCUCCUCCUCGACUAUGGUAUGGUGGACGAGGAAAAAACUAA